AUGAAGUACCUCAGCGUGGCCUCCGUGGCCGCACUUCUCAGCACUACUGUGUCCGCCGGUCCUCUGGUCCCUAGAGACACUUGUCCCAAGGGAUACACCCAGAGUGUGUACUACAAAACCAUUUACUUUGAACCUUCUUCGGCCGUUCCCACGUCGACAGCGACUCCAUCGCCCUCUCCUAUCACCUUGGAGUCCCAGUCUUCCGUGGAGCCUACCGUGACUCCCUCUUCCGCUGCUGUGGUUUCAUCGCAGGCUCCUGUGGUUGAGCAGAUCGAGUCUUCGACACCCUCUGCCGUCGCAUCUACAUCUGAGGCUGCACCUCUCAUCGCUCUCAUCCCCACUUCCUCUGUUGAGACCGCUGCUGCCGUUGAAACCACUUCUGUCAUCCAGGCACUUGAGCAGACCACCCAGGCCGCUGCCCAGACUACCGCCACCCCUGUUGCGGAGGCUGCUGAGCCAACCACUCAGGCUACUAUUCAGACACUCCCUGCCCCCGUCGUGGAGUCCGUCAAGUCCACCACUGAGGCUGCUGCCGAGACUACCCCCGCUGCUGUUGUGAAGGCCGCCGUCCAAAGCACCAGCACCACUUCUUCCUCGACCUCCAGCUCCACUUCGUCCAGCUCGUCCAGCUCCGGCGAGAACGCCGGAAAAGCCACCUUCUACGGAGGUAAUGUUUCCGGUGGAACCUGCUCUUUCAGCGGCUACAGCCUCCCAAGCAGCCUCUUCGGCACAGCCCUCUCUCUCGCACGCUGGGACGACGCAUCCAACUGCGGCCGCUGUGUCUCCGUCACCGGCCCUGAGGGCAACACCGUCAAGGCAAUGAUCGUCGACCAAUGCCCCGAAUGCGAGAGCAACCACCUCGAUCUCUUCCAGAACGCCUUCGCCGAGCUCUCCGACAUCUCAGCUGGUAUCAUCGGCAUUAACUGGUCUUUCGUCUCGUGUGAUCUGGACGGACCCCUCAAGCUCAAGAACAAGGAGGGUACAUCUGCCUACUGGUUCUCCAUGCAGGUUGUCAAUGCCAAUGAUGCCGUGACUGCGUUGGAUGUUAGCACUGAUGGUGGUAGCUCGUGGCAGAGCACUGAGCGUACCUCGUACAACUACUUCGAGAACUCUUCUGGUUUCGGCACAGACUCUGUCACUGUCCGGGUUACUGGAGCUAGUGGUAAGACUGUCGUUGUUAAGAAUGUGGGCGUCUCGUCUGGUGCUGAGGUGACUGCUUCUUCUAACCUGUAA